CCGGUCCACCGCGGUCGGUACCUGUUUCGCCGGUCGUCUUGAGCGCUGCUCCUCGUCGCGUCUCGUUAAAAACGUUUUUCCCUCCACACCCCCCGAGGUCGACGGUGUUCGCAGUUUUCCGGUUUCGUCAAAGUUUUGGUCGAGAGGUUUAGUGUGUGUGUACUACGCCGCGCCGUCCGCAGGGCCGCCGAGCGCGUGUAACUCAUCCGCUGCCGCCGGACCAUCUGUCGUCGAAGAGCUAUGGAAACCUCCGGAUACGCGACGACGUGACCCGCCGACAACGCCAUCAUGUACUCGGCGCGAAAUCGGAACGCCAUGAUCACAGACGAUACUUUUCAAAUACAAGACUGGCUGCGGUUAAACGGCAACCAUGACCGAGGUUACCCGGCGUUUGAUUACCACCAUAGGAUCCGCCCUCUUUCACCAGUUAAGAAGCACCGGAUCUCCACUGUUACUGACGGGAGAGUACCGGACCGMCGGAGACAACUCAAGUCAAUGGAAUCGCUGUUGGGAUUAAGCGAUGAAAACUUAAACGGCAAACAUCUGAAUUCCGAGGCUGUUACGAGAGCAUCCCCAGAUGUACAGGACUCUCUGGAUAGGGCUUUAAUGGACUUUGAAGAGACUCUAGAGUUGGCGUUUCAGUCAAACUCUAUUGUUCCACCACCUCGAGGAUUUUCCAAUCAAAACUUGGUUGAAGGUGAUGAAUCAAAUUUCAAUAAGCUUGACAGUAGCUUCGAGAGCAAUACAACUGGCAGUAGUGGUUAUUCUACCAGGCCUGAUCAGUCCAUGCAUCGGUCUCUAAACACUUACAACGAACUCCAACUCAUCAGGGAACAAAUGGUGAAGAGUUUGGAGAUUAUCAAAGAUUUAGAAGAACAAGUCAAACUGGUGCCUAUGCUAAAGGCGCAGGUUUCCUCGUUGACUUUAGAGAAACAGCGCUUAUCCUCCGAAUUAGACAAACACAAAAAAUUGGAGAACGCAAAUAAAUAUGCAACAGUCGGUAGCGGAUGGUCUCUGUCGGCGCAUCCGGCUAAUAGACACGUGGCCGUGUCCACCAAAGAGGUGGGUAUCAACUGCGUACCCAUGUGCCGGGACGUAGGCGUGACGACACCGUCGGCCACGUCUGUGAACACGUCUACAAUGACGGAACGGCCUGUGUCCGCGACGGCCGUGCACACCCAGACGGACGCGGCCGCCAAGCCGGCCACAACGACAGCGCACACGCAGACCAAGGACGCCGUAAAGCCGACCACCUCAGUGGCGCACACUCAGACCGUGGCGAUCGCCGACGUCCAGCCGGCCGCCGUAGUGCCGCCGGCGGCGGUGGUGGCCGUCACUGCGACAACGGCGACUGCGAACGUCGGCACGCAGUCUUCUAGGCCCGCGGCUAUCAGGACGGUCACGAUCGGCGUUACAGCCAGGCCGCGGACGUACGACGCCAGUGUGGCCGCCAAACCGACGUUCAAGCACGUCGGGUGUUCGGCUGACGUGACGACGGACGCGAAACCAGCCGCCGCACCAGUGACGCGCGCCACCCAGACGGACGCCAGAGACGAUCAUCUGCACGGCGGCCAUAAUCGCACCACACAAACGGAAGCCACGGUUCUUCCGGAAGUCGCUGCCGUCCGAGCCAGCCGAACGGAAUCUACGGUCGUCCGGCCCAAUUAUGCAACGAUCGGCCGACGGAGCAAUUCGUUCCAUCAUUACACGGCGGCCGCGAACGCCGACACGUCGCCGUCGACGAUCACGUCAAAGAUACCUCGUCUGAAGCCCGUCACUCCUGAACUCAACCGGAAAGUGUUGACAAGACAGGACACGUACACUAAGACCGCGGCAGAGAUCUGCACCGACGAUCUGCAACAGCAACCAUCAUCAUCGUCGUUGUCGCCGCCGCCGCCCCGCAUUUCCGAUGACGUCAGCAGGUAA